AUGUCGAAAAUACUGUCAUCGCUGUUCCGAAUGAGAUCCCUCAGGAAAGUGUGCGUGCUGUUCUGGAUGCUGCUGAAUUGGCAGGCUUCAAGAACGUGCGUGUCGUUCCCACAAAUGCCGCUCAGGCGUACAAGUAUGUUUUUUCUAUUGGUAGAGUUUAUUCCUCCUAGUUAUUGUUUCCGAUUGAAUAACUCGGAUCAUUUCUCGCAGUCUCCGGAAAGCAGCUAUCAUGUUCUCUUCGUCGACCAGGGCAGCUGCUUCACCGACCUCUACGUGGUCGAAUUCACUUCCAAGAGCAGCAAAAUCCUGGGCAGCGUCAGUCGUCAGUUCGGAGCGAAGGACAUCGACAACGCUCUCUACACCCACUUCGUUCAGAAACUCGCGAACAAGGUGUCCAUCCUUCCCGGCUCCAAGCAGUCCAUCCGCCUCAUGGACGGUUGCCGUCGCCUCAAGGAAAUGCUCAGCGCCGCGGGCAAAGCCGCUCUGACGGUGUACGGCUUAAUGGAGGACGAGGACUCUCAGCUCUCCAUGACGCGAGCGGAAAUGGAAGGGUUGGUGGCGGAUCAGAUCGCCCGGUUCCGCUCUCUGGUGCAGGAACUGCGCUCGAUCUACCCCGGUCCCAUCGACGCCAUCGAAAUGAUCGGCGGAGGCAGUCGAAUCCCGUUCAUGCAGCAGAUCGUGAGCGAGGAAAUCGGCAAGAACCUGCAGUUCACGGUGGACAGCGCGUCCUGCAUCGCGAAGGGCUGCGCGUUGCUCGGCAUUGCCGACUCCGCACGCGCCGAUUGGACCAUGGACGUUCCUUCUCUUCCCUCGACUCCCGCUGACCUCGAAGCAAUGAAGCAGAUGCGGGAGGUCGAAAUGGAGCUGCGAGCUCGCGACGAAGCGCGUGUCGCUCUGGGCGAAGCGCGCAACGCGCUGGAAGAGCUGAUCGACCAGACUCGACGCGAGUUGAGCGGGAAAUUCGCGAGCUAUCUGAAGGAGGAGGAAGUGAACGCGCUGCUGAACGCGGAGGACGACUGGCUGUGGAACGCCGGGGAAUCGGCGUCGCUGGAGGAGCUGCGAGAGCAUCGGAACCAGUUGGAAGCGACCCUGAAAGAGCGGUUCGGCGCGUUCUACGAGGCGAAGGAGCAGGAUCGGCUGAAGAUCGAGCGCGAGCUGGAGGAGGAGAGCAAGAAGCGCGAGCUGCAGAGCCAGUCGGAUGACGUGAAGCUGCCGUACAGCGCGCGGAUGUCGCGAGCGGAGGCGAAUAAGAAGGAGGGCACGGAGCUGUUCAAGGAGAAGAACUACGAGAUGGCGGUGCAGCGCUAUAUGCGCGCGUUGGGACACUGCAGCAAGUUCUUCAAUCUCUCGCCCGAGCAGAAGCAGACGGUCGCGGAGAUGGAGAAGUCGCUGCGGCUGAACUUGGCGCAGUGCUUUAUCAAGCUGGAGGCGUGGAAGAAGGCGGAGGAUUACUGCACGACGGUGCUGAAGAGCGAUCCGCAGAACACCAAGGCGCUCUAUCGGAGAGCGUUCUGCUAUGACAAGCUCAAGGAUGUGGAGAGGUGCAGCAAGGAUUUGGAGGCGGUGAUGAAGCUGAUUCCCGAUGAUCCCAGCGUGAAGAACCUGGCUGCGCGGAAUCAGGCCGCGAAGAAGGCGGUGAACGAGAGGAGGAAGGCGAUGGCACAGAAGAUGUUUGGGAGAUUGUAG